GCAAUUACGGCUCGGAGUCGCGGCGUAGGGCCGAAUUUUUCUUUCCAUUCUUCUAGCUUGUUUUAAAGGUCUUGGACCCUGGACAUAUGGCGCUAAGGUUGGUUGUGGUUUUCUCACUUUGAAUCCAAGCAUACAGCAUUGAACACAAUCGUUUUGUCGACUUGUUCAAGUGCUUCACGGCUCUCAACUGCAAAUCUUCAAGGAUUGAGAAUAAUGGGAUUGGAUCACACGCCAUCAUCAUGAGCACUCCCAUGUCAACAGCAUCAACGCUGGCCGGCGACAAGACGGCGCCCGCCGACCUCGACAUGAAAGACCCCACAAUAAUCGAGUCUCAAGCCGACAGCGGCGGUAGCAGCAGCAGCAGCAGCAGCAACUUAGAAAACUGCGACGAAAGUGCGCCAGCUCAUAACGACGAAAAGAACGUGGUAAUUGAAAGUACGGAUGACAACAUUGUGGAAUGGGACGGGCCCAACGACCCAGAAUGCCCACGGAACUGGCCAGCAGGGAAGAAAGUCGCCUUCGUCAUAGCCACCUCCGCUAUGAUAGUCGCCGUAUCCUUCGGCUCCAGCGUCUUCGCGCCAGCCGAGAAAGUGACAGCCGCCCAGUUCGGCGUAAGCCUAACCGUAAUGCAACUCACCGUCGCCCUCUGGAUCCUGGGCUUCUUCGCCGGCCCCAUCUUCUUCGGCCCCCUGUCCGAGAUCUUCGGCCACCUGAUCCCCCUCACCGUCGCCAUGACGGGUCUCGCCAUAUUCCAGAUCCCCAUCGCCAUGGGCGGCUCCGUGCAAACGAUCCUCAUCUGCCGCUUCUUCUCAGGCGCCUUCGGCUCGGGCGUCUUCGCCGUUGUGUCGGGUAUGUAUGUUGAAUUAUACGAACCCAUUCCGCGAGGCAUCGCCCUGGCCCUGUCGUCGAUCUGCAUCAACCUCGGCGCCACCAUCGCCCCCGUUGCCGGCGCUUACCUAACCGCCGAGGCCUCCUGGCGCUGGACUGCCUGGGUCACCCUCAUCUACGCCGGCCUGUGCGGUAUUAUGGGCCUCUUCGCCGUCCGCGAGUCGUCCUCCCGGGCCAUCCUGCGCACCAAAGCCGCGCGCAUGCGCUUCGACACGCAAAACUGGGCGCUGCACGCCCGCUCCGAGGAACAGCGCAUCGAGCUUCAGCAUAUCGUGCAGCGGUACUUGACGAAGCCGAUCCGCAUGUUUGUCACGGAGCCGAUUCUCAUCGUCUUCACCGUGUAUCUGACUCUCGUCUACGGGACUCUGUACCUCUCCUUCCAAGCCUUCCCCAUGGCCUUUCAACAGCGCGGCUGGACAGCUACCACGUCCUCCCUGCCCUUCUUAGCCGUCAUGCUCGGCAUCCUCUCCGCCUGGGGCGUAACCUCUAUAUUCACGCUCACCUGGUACAAGCGGGUCGUCCUCUCGACCACGCCCACCCCCGAACACCGCCUCCCUCCCAUGAUGCUAGGUGGCGUGCUUCUCCCCCCUUCCCUCCUCUGGUUCGGCUGGUCUGGGGCCACGCACUGGUUUGUGCAAGUGCUAGCCUCGUAUUUCGUCGGCUUAAGUCUGAUGCUCAUCUUCAUCUCGGGCAUUGUGUAUAUUGUCGACGUGUACCAGGUCCACGCCAACUCGGCCAUGUCCAUCCACGUCGUUGUGCGGAGCUUGAUCGCGUGCUCGUUCCCGCUAUUUGCGAAUAUCAUGUAUGAGGAGCUCGGCGUGGCCUGGGCUUCAUCGUUGUUGGCGUUCUUGUGUGUGGCGCUUGCGCCCGUGCCGUUUGCAUUUUAUUAUUAUGGGAAGACUAUGAGGGGGUGGAGUCGGUUUUCGUUUACUAUGUAGAGGGGGAAAACGGGGCAUGUUUAUGUGUUUUAGCGAAGGAUGACUAGAUUUGUUUGCAUAGAUAUUCGCGAUAUACCCUGUUCAUAUGCUCGAGACAUUGGACUAGUUCUUUCAUUUAACUGAAGUAUCUCACUGGACAUGUCGCAACUUGCUCUCAACUGUGGCGAUGAGUAGAAAGACCUCUAGAAUAGAAAGACCUCAUAGCCAAGUUCACAUUUCUCAGGCUCAGAAUCUCUUUAAACCCCGUUACUCCUAGGCAAGGUUUUCGUACAUGCCAGCAUUAGAACUAGGAACGGCAUAGUAACAGUUGACCUGGGUGCCGGGAGCUCUGAAGUUUUGGCGUGAACAAC